UUCAGUAAAAAUCUUCAAUAAAGUCAUUUUGUGUGUAGUGACAGAUAUUAGGAGUUGUCACGUGACAGGAGAUUAGGAAAUUUCACAGCUAUCGUUAUACUUCUGUUUGCAAGCAUUGCCUGUUCGCCCCUCCCUGUCCUGUCAUGUAGUACAGUCGUUUAUUUAUAUCUGCAUAUUUCAACCCGACUGAAUACAUAACAAGUAACUUGUCGUUAUAUUUGUGUAUUGUAUUGUGCUAUACGUGUAGAUUUUAGGUCUAUAAAUGACUGUGACUAGUUGACUUUUAGCAUGGGUCAGUGUUUACAUUGUGUGAGUCGCACAGGCGCGAGACUCUUCACGGCGCUCCUUUACACUGAAUGUGACUGGACUAGUUUGCCUCGUUGAGGGAUCAGGGAAAAUGCAAAACAGCUUGUCCAUCUCUGACAGUGAUGGUUCUUCAUUUGUUCACUUGGUGGUACUGGAGCUGGCCAAAAACACCGAAGCGGAGGCCAUCACAUGGUUAUUAAGCAGAAUAAGAGACAAACAGAAAAAUGGAGGAGCUGAGCUGCUGGUGGAGCAGCUGCCACUUGAAGGACAGCAAAAAGAGAAUCCUAAUAUUUUUCUUGUGGGCUCCACCUGGCAGAGACUCCUGACUGGAGCAGAAGAUAUGGGACUUUUUAAGGAGUUCCAUGAUGGCACCAUGCGAGGAUUCACUAAUGCCAACCGAGACAGUUUCAAAGAAUUCCACGGGGAUGGUGAUGGCUUCCUCAGUGUUGCAGAAUGUCAGUACAUAAUCAAACACGAGCUGGACACUUUGAGAGCAAAGGAUGAAACUCAUGUCCCUGGAUACCCUAAACUUCGGCUAUACCCUGGAAAGUCAGUCAUCCGUAGGUUACAGUCCAAAGGAAUUCUAGUUCAGUAUUUCCCUGUCCAUGAUAAAGAAGAGUUAAAGAGGCUGUCUUCCGAUUGGUACAAAAAGAUCAAGCUGUCCUUUCAGCCACUGGAUGAUAUCAGGCAUUAUUUUGGAGAAGGUUUGGCACUCUACUUUGGUUUUCUUGAGUACUUCACAUUUGCCCUGGUUCCAAUGGCCCUGAUCGGCAUCCCCUACUACCUCUUCGAUUGGGAGGACUAUGAUAAAUAUGUUCUCUUUGCUGUCUUCAACUUGGUCUGGUCCACUGUCUUUCUGGAGGUGUGGAAGAGAUGCAGUGCACAGUUGGCUUAUGGAUGGGGAACGCUGAGUCGCAAGAAAGCGUUUGAAGAACCACGGCCGGGAUUUCAUGGCGUUCUGGGACUUAAUCCCGUAACAGGCCGUGAGGAGCCCACCUACUCUCACGCCAAACGGCAGAUGAGGAUAUAUCUGGUGUCUCUCCCCUUUGUGUUGCUGUGCCUGUACAUCUCUCUACAUGUGAUGAUGAUCUACUUUAGCAUGGAGACCUGGGCACUGAGCAUUUAUGAUGAAGAUCCAAACUUACUGACAAGUGUGCUGCUCUUCAUACCAAGUAUCAUCUAUGCAGUGGUCAUUGAACUCAUGAACCUGUUAUACCGCUACGCAGCCGAGUUUCUCACAAACUGGGAAAACCACAGGCUAGAAUCAUCCUUCCAGAAUCACCUGGUCCUGAAAGUGUUAGUGUUCAACUUUAUCAACUGUUUUGCUUCUUUAUUCUACAUUGCCUUUGUAAUGCAAGAUAUGGCACUGCUUCGACACAGUCUUGCCACUCUGCUCAUCACAUCUCAAAUCCUGAACCAAGUGAUGGAAGCCUUCCUGCCGUACUGGCUGCAGAGGAGACGUAAUAAGAAGGUCCAUAAGAGAGUGAGGAGGGUGAUGGGAGAUCAGGAGCUUCCCAUGGUGGAGCAGGUUCAGCUGGAGCGUGACAUGAAUACAUACCUGGGCACAUUUGAUGAUUAUCUGGAGCAGUUCUUACUGUUUGGUUACGUCAGUCUGUUUUCCUGCGUGUAUCCUCUGGCUGCUGUGCUGGUGGUGCUCAACAACGUCACAGAGGUCUAUUCCGACGCCUUUAAAAUGUGUCACGUGUUCAAGCGGCCUUUCUCUGAGCCCGCGUCCGACAUCGGAGUAUGGCAGCUGGCGUUCGAGACCAUGAGCAUUAUUGCCGUGUUCACCAACUGUGCCUUGAUCGGUCUGUCUCCUCAAGUGCAGGCCUACUUCCCUGAGGCAGACACACAGCUUAUCCUCACUGUUGUGGCUGUUGAGCAUGUCCUCCUGGCCUUCAAGUUUAUCCUGGCCUUCAUUAUUCCAGACGUGCCCAAGCACAUCCGGAUCAAGCUUGCCAAGCUGGAGUUUGAGUCUCUGGAAGCUCUGAAGAAAAAGAAAAUGCUGGAGGCAGCAGAGAUAUCCAAGACCAAAAAGUAACGAGGAGCAAUGAGGCCGACUGUGGCACAGCUUCCGUUGAAUCUGCCUCAGGUGUUUACAUACCAUGUAUCCAAUCAAGCAUUACAUAUCACCUACCAUGAAUAUGCACUCCUGACAACGUUCUUCAUAAACACCGCUGACAUCCAGCCCAAGCUGCAACUCCGUUACUGCAUGUUAGCCAGAGCAACCUCAGUCUGAGCUUUUAAUUAGGAUUUUAAUUAUUUUUAUUAGAUGUUCAUCGAGCUAUCGGCCUCUAAUAGCAAUCAUUGUGUGUGGAAUUGGGUUAUAAAAGAAUUUCUAAACAGUUGUUCUGUGAGGCUGUUGUGUAAACUGUACUGAGCAUGAAUUGCACUAGUGUAAAAUGGUUGUGUACUUGUGUCUGGGCCACUACAAGAUUUAUACACUCGUAACCCUUGUUGGAAGAUAUACGAGACUCUAAAAAAGUGACAGAUUUUUGUACUGGAGAUUCAAGAUUUUUCUCGGAAUUCUCCUGAGAACGUGACUGUGGAUCAAGUUGAACAUGGGGGAUGAUGGGGCUGUUGUUGGUUAUCUGUAUUUCACAGAUUGUUUCUGCUCAGGAUCUUGAGUUGAAGAUAAAUGUUCUGAAUAACAGGCAGCAUCUAAACGGUGUGUAGAUCAAGUGGUUAAAUCUAGAUUUUACACACUAUUAGAAAAUCUUGAAAGCUAAAAUUUGGAAGCCACUGUGAUGAUCAUGAUUGUUAUUCCCUAUUGUGGCCCAGGCAUAAGCAGUUUUUUUGACAUGUUCACAGCAGGGUAAAUGAUUUAUGUUUUUUCUUGGCAAUAUGUGCAUUUAUUCUCCCACACACUCCUGUUCAACCAAAGACUGAGCAGUGCCUUUAAUAACCAUUAUAUCAGUUACUCAUGUUACUGAUGUGUGCACUGUACUUGAAGCCACUUUAACCUGAAAAUAAAUAUCAAAACUAUUAAAGUGAUAAAUGUCAUAUUGCAUUCAUCUACUCAAGUGUAUUCAAAAGUUGGCUAAAGGUUAUACACCCACCAUCUGUUUUAUUACAAACACAUGUACAUUCAUGCAGUCUGUCAGUCAGGUGGCAGGAGCACAGUGCAGAUGCAGGUCAAGAGCUUCAGUUCAUUUUUACGUAAAACAUCAGAAUGGCAGAAAAAUAUGAUGUCUGGCUUUUUACAAUGACACUAUUGCCAAAGGUUUUGGGAUUCAUUGAAUUCAGGUGUUGUUUUUCAGGGGUUGGGCUUGGGCCCCUUAGUUCCAGUGAAAGGAACUCUUAAUGCUUCAGCAUACCAAGACAUUUUGGACAAUUUUAUGCUCCCAACUUAGGGAUGACCCCUUCUUGUUCCAACAUGACUGUGCACCAGUGCACAAAACAAGGUCCAUAAAGACAUGGAAGAGCGAGUUUGGUGUGGAGGAACUUCAUAGAGUCCUGACCUCAACCCGAUAGAACACCUUUGGGAUGAAUUAGAGCGGAGACUGUGAGCCAGACCUUCUCCUCCAACAUCAGUGCCUGACCUCACAAAUGUGUUUCAAGAGGAAUGGUCAAAAAGUCCCAUAAACACACUCCUAAACCUUGUGGAAAGCCUUCCCAGAAGAGUUGAAGCUGGUACAGCUGCAAAGAGCAAGCCAACUCCAUAAUACAUUCAUGUGCAUGUAAAGGCAGACGUCCCAGAACUUUUGGCAAUAGAGUGUACCUCACAGAAAGUGAACAGUUCAAUUAGAAAAACAUUGUGUUGUCUUUACCUGUCCAGCAUCUUGUCACAAUUCUUGUUCUUGACUGGCAGGAGUGGAAUCUGAAACUUCAAGGGUUGAUGUGUUGUCCAGUUGUCCAUCCAGUCUGACAACAAUAAUCAUGUCAAGACAUCACAUUUUUUCCCCAUUGGGACGUGAACAUUAACUGAAGAUUUGUGUCUGUAUGAUUUCCUGCAUAGUGCUGGGGGUUUGGUGUACAUGUGUUGCUAUUGAAUCGAUGAGAGUACAUUGAUUAAACUGGUACAGUAUAAGCUGGUUACAUAAAGUUGUUCUCAUAUUUACUGGAAAAGCAUGUUCCAGUUCAUUUCCCAUGUGACUAGGCCCCGCUACCUUAUCUUCACCAUUUUAUUACACGUGGCAAGUUUCAUCUGCACAGCUGUCAUGACUUGUUUAUGGUGUUUAAAAUGUGCUAUGUUUAUUCAUUUAUGUGUAGUCAUAGGUAACUUUUUAUUUAUCACGUAGGUGUCAGUCUUAUACAAUGCAAGCAAAGUAACACAUGGCUCAGUCUUGUGGAAGCCAUGCUUGAAUACUGCAGCCAGGGUGAUACUCAGACCUACGCUUCAGUGGCCACAGCAUCAGGCCAGUGUGAAAGAGCAUCAGGAAGUACAGGGCAGUGUUAAGUAAGACAGAGCUCAUCCCCACCUCUCAGCAUUUAUUCACACUGUGUGGGAACACAGACAAGGUAGAACACACUGCAUACACAUGUCCAAAUCUCUGAUGGCCUUGGAAGGCACCAAGAUACUCGAGAAAUCUGGCAGCAGACGUUGGUAAUAAAUCAGUAUAAGAAACCUUUCAACAGCUGCGUUUUGAGGGCUGCCACAUCACGUCAUGUUGCACUUCUCUGUGUGCGCUACAUGUGCCAGUGCUAAACUCGCAGCAGGAGCGUUGCGCCCAGCGGGAACUCGGCUUAGGCUUUAGUAAGGGAGGGGGAAAAAACCUUCAGGGGACAUGUUCACAUACAACCUUAAGGUUAAAAGUAACUCCUACAGACAACGUAAAUCAACAAGAUGUCAUGUAUGCUGUGAUGUAAACGUUCUCCAACUGCUUUUCUGCCUACUGUAGAGCUUUUACAACUGACUGCCGUCAUACUGAUUACUAGAGACAAGACACUUUUAUACUUUACAUGUUCAACUACAAAACCACGCUUACUCUCGGGUAGCUAGAGAUCAAGAAAGCUGUUUCAAGAUUAUUUUACAUAAAAUCAGUAUGAAUAUGUGAAUUGGAUGUUUAUUACAGAGCUACAUCAUAAUUCUUCAAGCACAUUUAAAUAGGAUGUUUUAUGAAAUACUUCACUAGGAACUUUUAGCAGCACUUCAGAGAGGCUCUUUUCAAAGGAUAUGAUAUUUUUUGAGACUCGUGAAAAACUGAUUUAACUGUAAUAUUGCUAGUUAAGCAGAGAUGGAAUUUGGCUACAAAAGCUUUCGUCAAUCCAUCCAUUUUUCUGCCAUUUAUCCUACAGGGAGCCUCUGUAUACCAGUGACACAGUGGAAAGGGUGCCAACACAUCACAGUGCACAGUCUCUCUCUCACAAUUUCACUAAGGAUAAUUUAGAGAUACUAAUUAGGUUAUAACAUGUUUGUAGACUAGUGAGGAAACCGGAGUAUCUGGAGAAAAUCCCUGAAGCACAGGGACAGCAUGCGCACAGGGCAGAGGUGGGAAUUGAACCCCUAGUACCAGAGGUAUGAGGUAAUGCAUGCUUCAUUACCACGCUGCCCCCUACUCAAGUUACUCAAGUAAGGUUUCAGUAGUUUAGCAAGACUACUGACACAAUUAGUUGCACAAAUACUAAUGAUUUUUGCUUUCUAAAGAUUUCAUCCUAACCUGUUGGUCAUCAGGUUCCCCUGCAGCCACUGCAGAUAUCUCAGGGUUGCUGCUGUGACACAUCAGCUCAUACCAUAUACACUUAAUAAAAGAAACACACAAACAAAGGCCACAUUUAAAGACAUCUUCCACAACAUUUAAUUUUUGGACGUUACCAUAGCUAUAUAUAACUUGUGAAGACAAGUUUCAACAACAGAACACUGAAUCAUUUUGCUUCUUUACUGUUGUUUUUCUUUAGAAGAAGUCAGUACACAAUUUUGGUCCAGAAACAUUUUGUGGCAGUUCUUUUCCUUUCGAUGUCCAUGGAUCAGUUAUGUUGAACAUUCAACACAUGCACAUUAUCAUUUUACCUGUUUACAUCAGCGCAGGACAAAGUCUGAGACCAACAUUAUGAAUAUAGCACUGUUUUCUUUUUCAACAUUGCUAAACUUACUGGAGACACUCACGACUAGUAAAGCUAUAUUACAGCUACGAACCAGACGGCUGACGCUGCGGUUUUACAGAGUGUGCACUCUAUUUACAUCUUUAUUUACAGACCCUAUUGUUUAAAAAGUAAAACAAAACAAAA